ACCUAUUUAUCCUCAAAACGGCGUCUUGCUUGAGCUGAACAUUAAAGGAAGAUGGCAUCUUCAGCUUCAGUUAUGGCAGCAAAUGUCUGGAACCUCCACUCCCGUUGCCAAUACCUGAAGCCCGUGAAAAUGCCAAUGAGCAGCACGAGAUUCAGAUUCCUGACGCCAAAUCGCUCGUCGGCGACGAGGAUACAAACAGUAUUCCAGAUUCGAGCCUCUGAUUCUCAACCGGAAGAAUCCAGUUCAACCAUGGAUGAGACUGAGUUUCAGAAAAUGGAUGCGCUGAAAAUUGAUGGUUGGGGGCAAUCUGGUUGUAUUUUCAAUCUAGGUCAAGUUUAGUUCAAAAAUUAUUUGUAUAAAAUAGGAACAAGAACGAAAAUAUACUACAAAUUAGAUAAAAUUUUGUUUUUGUUUUUUUUUUCAAUUCUAAACUUAAUUUUAGAUUCAGUCUGUGUUUCUUUUCUUGAUAAUAGGAAUACAAAUGUGCAUAAAAAAAUAUGGGUGAUUAUAAUCAAUUCAAUUAUGCAUAAAUGCUUAAAUCCUUAUUGAUUUCAACAUGUCAAAUAAGGUGAAUAUAAUAAUAUUUGAAUCGAGCACAAUAUUAAAUAUUAAUUAUUCAAUUAAUUAAUAUGUAAAAUUAGUUAGCACAACUGAACCAAUUGCUCUCAAAGUGUCAAUAACACAAACAAAAUAACUGAACUUGAACUGAAUAUAGAAUUGAUUUGUAAUUAGAAUUGAACAAUGCAUGUGUUUGAAUAAAAAGAA